AAUUCUGAAAUCUUUGCAGCAACUAACUUCCGCUAUAAUGUUAGCGUUCAUCACUCGAGUACCAGCCGUAGGCGUUUUUGUUGCCAGGAUCUGUGGUGGCCAGACGUUUUCCAAAUUUUAUUGUAAAACGUUUUCUAAUCCUAUUGAAGUGCAGCAAGUGUGUUUUUACGCUAGAAAAACCAUGGGACUCCCACGCUGUUUUUUCGAUAUGACUGCUGAUAAUUCCCCUUUAGGAAGAAUCGUUAUUGAGCUACGCACUGAUGUAACUCCGAAGACAUGUGAAAACUUUCGGGCCCUUUGCACUGGAGAGAAGGGCUUCGGUUAUAAAGGUUCAACAUUCCAUCGCGUCAUUCCGAAUUUUAUGUGCCAGGGCGGGGAUUUUCAGAACCACAAUGGAACUGGUGGCAAGUCGAUCUACGGUAACAAGUUUGAAGAUGAGAACUUUGUUCUGAAGCACACCGGACCUGGUAUUAUGUCAAUGGCAAAUGCUGGACCAAACACAAAUGGAUCUCAAUUUUUCAUCACUACCGUGAAAACAUCUUGGUUGGAUGAUCGUCAUGUCGUCUUUGGAUGCGUCGUUGAAGGCAUGGAUGUUGUGCGAAAAAUCGAAUCAUUUGGCAAUCAAGCCGGUAAAACCUCAAAAAAAAUUGUUGUGGCCAACUGUGGUCAACUGUAAAUUCAAUCAUUAUCUACUAUGCAUCUAGCAUUUUUGAUUUCCAAUACAUUGUAACCUGUGUUUUCAAUUGCAAUAGUUAAUUAAUUUGGCUAUCUAAAAAAUAUAUUCAACACUUAAGUUUCAGCGAGCGAAACUAAUGAUCCAAUGCAACCUAUUGAUCCAAAAUAUUUCUAUAUUCUGAGUAGAUCACUGCAAAAUUCCGAUUAAACUAGCGUCACUGUAAUAAACAAAUCUUUCGAAAAAUAAAUUUAACUUGUGUGAAUAAAACAA